AUGACUACGUGCCGUCUGCUGUGCGCCCUGUUGGCGCUUGCCCUGUGCUGCUGCCUAACUGCGUGCACGACAGCGAAUGGUGGGUCUACUAGUUCUACCCCACCUUCUGGUACGGAAAAUAAACCAGCUACAGGGGAAGCUCCAUCUCAACCGGGGGCUUCUUCAGGUGAAGCAGAAGCCUCCUCAAAUAAGAAUGACGGCAGCCUCAGCAGCUCUGCGUGGGUGAGUGCCCCGCUGGCGCUCGCCGCAUCCGCGCUGGCGUACACCGCUCUGGGCUGA